AUGGCCUUCACCGAGCUUGUUUUUCCAUGUGUCAAACCCGACCCAGCUACACUUGAGACUCUUGAACGAGACUGGCCUAAGUUGAGCAAGGGGCUGACCGAUCCUAAUCCCGGCUUGCUCAGCGCAUUUCGUGGCUGGGUUCUGACAGAAGAUGGAUUGGAUGUAAGAAAGGACUACAAAGAGUUCCUUCUUCUUGAGUGGAACUCAGCCGACUCUUUCAAUGCCUUCGUCGGCUCGGAACAGUAUGCCGCUUUUGCUGGCUCAAUCAAGCAUCUGUUGACUGGGCCGCCUACUUUACAAUUUUUUGAAACAAAGUUGUCCCCAAAGGAUGCAGCUUCAGCUUCCAUGGUUGAGAUAAUUCGGGUGACGCUCCCCAACUCUGAGGAUGUCGAGGAAGGCCUUCAAGUGUGGGAGAAGGCAUGCCGUCAUCUAGCCAGCAAUGGAGAGAGCACGGCUUCUGUCACGUAUGGCAAGAGCAAGAACCUUGAUAAGGAUGUUGUUGUGGGAAUAAUAGGGUGGCAAACCUCGAAGGAACAGCAAGACAUGUCCCAGGACGAGGUUUGGUCGGGAACGCUGGAGUCUCUCAAGUCGCUGGGUAAAGUGUCACAGAUAAUUGUGGACAUCGAUGUAAUGGACCUCUGA